AUGAAGUACACUUUAGAAGAUCAAACGGUAUUGAUCACUGGUGGAUCACAGGGACUGGGCAAACAAUUUGCCAUCAAAUAUUAUCAGGAGUCGAGGAAUUCCAAGAUUAUCAUUGUUAGUCGAGCUGCAAGUAAACUUUCCAAAGUGAUUCAAGAAAUUACGAAACAAGAGGAUGCCAUUGAAUUGAGUGAAAAGACCACACAAUCUGUUAUUUCUGCAAACAGAAUCUUCUAUAUCCCAUGUGACAUAUCUAUCUAUGCAUCUGUGAGUGGUAUGUUUGAGAUUCUUCAAUCAAUCAACUUGUUACCAACCCAGAUUUUGCAAUGUGCUGGUGGCUCAACACCAAAAUUAUUUAAAGACUUGACGUCGGAAGAAUUAAGUGGCGGGGUCCAAAUGAACUAUUUAACAUCAUUGAAUAUUGCUCAUCAUGCAGCGAAAUUACUGACUUCAAAAAAGAUUCACCUUAUCUUUUUCUCUAGUGCUACUGCAUUUUUCCCAUUCAUUGGUUACUCUCAAUAUGCGCCAUUAAAGGCUUCAUUAAGAGCCCUGGUUAGUAUCUUAAGGCAAGAAUUACCAAAUUUUAGAAUCUCUUGUGUUUAUCCUGGCAAUUUCGAUAGUGAAGGUUUCAAAAUUGAAGAAUUAACAAAGCCAGAAAUUACAAAGGAAAUUGAAGGACCAUCUUAUCCUAUCAGCUGCGAAGAAUGUUGCGAUAAGAUCAUCUGGUGGCUUGAGAAAGGAUAUGAUGAUGUAACUACUGAUACCAUUGGUUGGAUCCUUAUGAGUAUAGAUUUAGGAUUGAACAAAAACGUCUAUGGAAGAUCAUUCUUGUAUAUACUACAACUAAUUUUGGGUGCUUUAAUCAACUUAAUCAUAGUUCCAUUCUACAUGCUUUUCUGUUCCUAUCAAAUAAAGUCAUGGUUCAAUAAACAAGAGAAGAAACAAUGA